AUGUGUCGCACUGGCACGAUGUGGCAGGACGACGGCAAGUUUGUAAACGGCGUGCCCCCGCAGGGCGCCGCGGCCUCCUCCUGUGAAUUCCUUCACAGGUCUUCUGCCGAGCCAGAAGACGCGAUGCCGCGGGCGGCUGCGGAGCUGGAGGCGGUCGAUGGCGCGAGGAAGACUCGGGAGUUUCUGCCGCCUUCCUCGUCGUUCUUCCCUUCUGUUUCGCUCCAGUGCGCCCACUCGAAUCGCCUGUCUUGUCCCUCCUCUGCGUCUCCAGUAUUGGCUCUGCACGACCUUCUCGGCGCACGCUCUUUCGUGGCGCCGGCUGACGCCCGGCAGUUUGCUCUAGAAGCGGCGUCGCAGUCACCUCCGUCUGAUGAUGCCGCAGUGAAUGCGCGGACUCCAGGUCGCGCGCCGCAGCAGUCGAGCCUGCCGCGGGCCUGUCUCUCUCAGGGGGCGUGUUGGGGCUCCGGCGCGCCGGCUGAGGUGCUGGCGGGGCGUCCGCCGUGGGCGUCGCUUCCGCUGGCGAGCGACGAGGAGGGAGACGGCGACGGCGCCGUCGGCGCGUUCGAGGCGUCUCUUCACUUUGGAGGUGUUGAGGACGCCCCGCUCUACUUCGCGGAGACGGAUCAAGCUGUCUCGGAUGCGGGCGGGCGCGGCGGCCAUCCCUGCUCCAUGCUGCAGGGCCUCGUCAACACGCUCGCCCCUCGAGAGCGCAUCUCAGUUCAAAUCGCAGAGUCGAUCCCUGCCCUCGAGUCUGUCACGCUUCGUUUCGCUACGAGCCGCGCCAAACUCCGAUUUAGCGAGCUUUUCCUGCGAGGCGUGAAGGCCCAGAAGCACUCCCCGUCGUGGUCGUUCUCCAUCCCCGGAGUCGUCCAGCCCCAGUCAGGCCUCAUUCUCGCCUCUGGAUCUCCGUUUCACUGGCCCUUGGGGCUGGCGGGCGCGAUCGUGGCAGCGGAGGAGCGAGCCGAGCGCGCCGCGGCGUUCCUCGCGCUGCAGCAUCGCAAGCCUCUCUGGGCGUGCGCGCCCUGUUGCGCCAACGGAGGACGCUCGCCGAAGUGCGCGAGCGCCGACGAGGGCGUGGACUGCCAAGGCGAGAAGCGGGAAUGCGCGUGUCGCUGCCAUUGCGGCGACGCCGACGCCGCGAAAGCGCGUGCGACGCUCUGCGGAGGCGAAAAGGCGGGAGAUGCGCCGCAGCCGCUCGCCUCGCGUCCGUUGCCCUCCGGCGCCUCCUCCGGGCUCGCCGAGCCCGGAGGAGGCGACGAGGAGUCUGCGCGCGACUUUGCGCAGAUCGUCGACGCCUCGGCGACCUCGCUGCCUUCCGUGACUUGCUCUGCGCGUCCCGCAGUCCCAUCGCAUCUCUCCGCCCCUGCGCCUUCCUGCUUCGCGCCGCCCUCUUCGCCCGACGCCUCUGUGCCUUGCAUUUCGCUGCCUGUGCCGCCGGCGCCGCCUUCGCCGAGCGCGCUGCCGGCCUCGGACUUUGCGCUGAUUUCGUUCGUCUUCUCCGCGGUCCCCACAGCCGGCGGCUGGUCGCCGCGGUCGCAGGGCGAGACGCGCGACAGCUUCCUGCAUCUGCACCACCGCGCGAGCGAAAGCGUGUUCUGCCCAAGCAGCUCAAGCAGUCGCCGCCACAACUCCGGCGAAGAGGCUGCGUCUGCAGAAGAGGCUGCGUCUGCAGAAGAGGCUGCGCCCGCCCAAGAGGCUGCGCCCGCCCAAGAGGCUGCGCCCGCCCAAGAGGCUGCGCCCGCCCAAGAGGCUGCGCCCGCCCAAGAGGCUGCGCCGCCACCCGCAGCGGGGCGGCCGCGCUCCAGGAAGACCCGCGCAGCUGGCGUCAGCCACGAGGAGACGAGCACCUCCAUCCCCGGCGGGCCGUGGCUGGUUGAGAGGCGCCGACGCAGAAGGCGGAACGCCGACGGGCGCGAGCAGAAGUCGCGGCGGGCGCCGCAGGCGCUUGAGGAGACGCAUCCAGGUGAAAAGGACGCGCGAGACGGGAUGGCGACAGACAGCAGAGACGCAGCCGGCAGCGCUGCGCAUGCGGCUCCAGAGCCUGAGAAAGCAGCGGCCGAAGCGACCACCGCGCGGAGACGAAGGGGCCUAAGAGCCCAGCGAAAACCGCGGCCUCCCAUCACCGUCAACUCCUGCGUCGUGUCAAACGACACCUGGCAGCUGGGCUGCAUCGAGUACGGGAGCCACUGCAUGUGCGGACAGAGAGCUUACAACGAAGACCGCGUCUGCGUCGUCCCUGCGUUCGAUGUCUGCACUCGAGAAGGAUGCGCCAAGGCGCACUCGAAGGCGUCGUUCUACGCGGUUUACGACGGCCAUAACGGCGAGGAAGCGGUCAACUACGUUCAGGAGCAUCUUCACAAAAACAUCUUCCGCUCGCGGGCUUUCCACGCGGAUGUGUCGCGGGCGAUUCGCACUGGGUUUUUGACUACGGACAACGCGCUGCGGCAGAUGGUGUGGGAGAAGAUUCGCGGCGAGGGAUACGAUGAUCAGGACAUUUCACCGUUCUCCAGCGGCACAACCGCAUGCGCGGCGGUGGUGCGCGACUCGCAGCUCUACAUCGGGAAUCUCGGCGACAGCCGCUGCGUCCUCUCGCGGGCCGGCCGGUCCCACCUGAUCACUGUAGACCAUUCCUGCCGCACGAAUGCGGAUGAGCAGCUCCGCGUGCGGCAGGACGGAGGGCACUACGACACUGACGGCUACCUGAACGGCGCGAUCGGCGUCUCGAGGGCCUUCGGCGCCUUCGACAAAGGCGGCGGACAGAAACUCUCUGGGCUCUCCUGCGAGCCGCAAAUCCACCGAGAAACCAUCAGACGGGAGGAUGAGUUCAUGAUUAUCGCGUGCGACGGCGUUUUCGACGUGGUGAGCUGCCAGGAGGCAGUCAACUGCGUGCGCAAUCACUUGCGAAGCGGCGGAACGGCUGAGGCCGCUGCGCAGGCCCUCUGCACAUUCGCCUUUCAGCUGCGCUCCCUCGACAACCUCUCCGCUGUAGUCGCGGUCUUCCAGCCCCCCGAACGUUUGCGGAAACCUGCAGACGGGUCGCCGACUGGCCCGACCGCCGCGUUGGGGGCCGAGGGCGCCGCUGACGGUGCGAGCCCCUCGGGCGCGGAGAAGUCGAGCGCCGGCGCGGGGGGCGUGGGCGCGACAGUCAACGGCGUGGGCGCGCGGACGGCGAGCGGCUCCGCGACGGGUGCGCGCCCCGAGGCGGCCGGCGCCGGCGGCGAGAGCGGAGGCCCGCCGCGCAGGCGAUUCAACUUCUCCUCUCUGAAGGGGCUGCUGUGA